UUUACUAAUAUUACAAAUUAAACUUGUUUAAGAUGAAUUUCCACAAAUUAAGAGUUACUACUGGGAUUUCAAUAAAACAUUCGAAAUAUUUUAGCGGCAUUGCAAAAGCCGAACUGCCGGCAUCUUUUGUAAAGGACGAUGUGGAAUAUGUGCCCGAGCGGGACAAAUCUGGCUUGAGGCCACAACACAAAAAUGUGCUUCUCGAAACAAUGCCAUAUAAUGAGGCACACUCCUGGAUACAUUUAACUGAGAAGUAUCAGAGAAGCCUCUAUGGCCGAUAUGGCAGCAAAAGUAAAGUAAAUCCGCAAAUUUGCUUCGGCACACUCGCCGAACGAACUAAAGCCCAAGAGCGCCAAGCCAUUACGCAACCCGAAACUCUGCCGGAAAUAUUGGAGAAACUUCGCAUUACUAAGGCCGCGAAGCAGGCGGCAAUAAAAGAUCGCGAAGAUGCCAUUCUCAAGAAGCUAGAAAAACUGGAGCAAUGGAAGGCGGACCUCAACGCAAAAGUGGCAAAGCGUAAAGCAGAUGCCGCGGCAGCAAUCCAACGCAAGGAACGACUGAUAGAGGAGGUACGCCGGCAUUUCGGCUUCAAGGUGGAUACACGUGAUGAACGCUUCAAGGAAAUGCUUGAGCAGAAGGAGAAGGAGGACAAGCGAAAGCAAAAGGAGGCCAAGCGAAAGGUCAAAGAGGAGAAGAUGAUGGCCAAACUAGUUCAGCAAACUAACUAACUAAGCGUAACUGUCUACAUUAAGCUGCGAUUUAUCAAAGCGAACAAUAUAUUUAUGUCAACUGACAAUUUGCUGGCGUAAUCAAUGGAGCUUUGUUGAGGGUUUUGUUAACCAAAAUGUUGAAAGCAGCUCUUCUUGAAGCUUUAACUUGAUUCUUGUCUCAGAAGCCUGACUAAAGGAUGGCAAAAUAACAUUAAGUUAAAAGAAGUGAAAGGGACAGUAUCAAAUCAAAAGAUCAAGAGCGGCUUACCACUUUGUCAAAAGCUUUAGUCCCAUAAUCAAGAAGGCUCCUCCGCACCUUGUUUCGGCGUUUAUUAAU